AUGGAACUUCUUAAACCAGUCUUGGAGAAAGAGGUGCAUCCGGAUAAGUCUCCGAGCCUAGAUGGAACAAUGGUGGCCUCAGUUGUACUCGAUACUAAUGUGAGAUCUCCUUCACAUGUUUCUCUUUGUCACACUCUUCAAAUGGUGGAAGCUAAUAAGCAUAGUAUUUACCUUGGUUUUCCCAAAACUUUGUGUCGUAACAAAACAACUAUCCUGGGUUAUAAGGAUAAAAUUAGAAAGAGAAUUCAACAUUGGGAUGGGAAAUUACUCUCUAGAGUUGGGAAAGAAAUUCUCAUUAAAAUGUUCGUGCAAGCUAUUGCUAAUUUUUUCGUGAGUAUUUUCCUACUUUCUUUGGAUGUGACUAAGGAUUCAGAAAGAUCCAUUACCAAGUUCUGGUGGCAUACUAAUAGCUCUCAAGGUGAAGGUGUUCACUGGAUCCGUUAG